AUUUGUUAUUGUUUACAUUUGGAGCUUGCUACAAUUAAAUCCUGUCCAAAGUCUAUAUGUAAAAAAAGUUCAUAAAAUGUCUGUUAUCGAUUCUGUUAUUAUGUAAUUUUUGUUUUAUUCAAUUGUUGUCACAGCAGAAACUAAAGUUCAUUUCGAAUAAACUAGAAAAACAAAUCGCUUCCGAUAGAAAACAGCAAUUAAGGCGUCGGUUGCUUUACAACUUGUCAAGGCAAGUUAAAUAAUAUAUGAAUUUCAAAGAUGCGUGCGUCAUAAUUGGCACUAUAAUUACCACCACCACCCACCUUCACUGUCACCAUAAAUAGCACAAAGGUUCACAUCCCAUACCCUUGGCCGUGGCUAUUGAUUUUGUUGUUGCACGUGAUGCCAAGACAAAUACUCAAUACAUAUGUAAGCGCACAAGCCCUCAUUUCAUUGGAACCUUAUAUUAUGCGCGGCGGCAAUAAACGUGUACAAUAUACUUUAUCUAGUAGUAGACGAUAUAUACCAAAGAAUUUAUAAAGUUGCUCGUUGCUCUGGCUAGUGAUAAACAUUAGUUAAGUUCUUUUUGCACCGUUGUGAAAUUAUGCUUGGCGCGUACGUUCAGCUGCCGCUCAAGGCGGCGGCGAUGACGUCACAAAAACAAAAACUGAAUAAUGAAUUGCUAAGCAUUGGCCGAUUCGCGCUUAUGAUUAGUCACAAUAGCAGAAGCGCGAGCACAGCAUUAACCCAACAGCUGUCUCGCAACCAGCAGCAGCAGCAACAACAACAACAACAACGAAGACAUCUACAGGAACUGCUUCGCCGUCCCGCUUGGGAUCAAAGUAGCAAAACGACUUUGCGCGGAAUACACACGGAUCCAGCGUCAGUCACCAUGUUCUACUCCAUGUACGCGUAUCUGUCGCACUUGCCGCGCCUGCACGCCCUGGGCAUGGCCAUAUUUGCGUAUGUCAUCUACUACCUCAUUCAGGUGGUGAAGCGGCCGAUCAUCGCCUGCGCUGAUGGUCCGUUCAAGCAAUAUCUGAUCAAGACGAUGCCCACGCUGGAGAACAAGUAUUGGCCAACCUUCUGGUGCGUGGAGAGUCGUGCUCAGACCGUACUUGCGAGCCUGCUGCGCUCCAAGAGUCUGCCCCGCGUCAAUUAUCGCCGCGAAAUACUCAGCCUGAAGGAUGGCGGCGAGGUGGCACUGGACUGGAUGGAGGAGGGCUGCGAUGAGCGUGCUCCGUGUGUGCUUAUAUUGCCAGGUCUGACUGGCGAAUCGCAGGCGGAAUACAUUAAGUGUCUGGUCUUUGCCGCCCAGCAGGCGGGCAUGCGUGUGGUUGUCUUUAAUAAUCGAGGUCUUGGCGGCAUUGAGCUGAAAACGCCGCGACUCUAUUGUGCCGCCAACUGUGAAGAUUUGUGCGAGGUGGUGAAACAUGUGCGCCGCACGCUGCCCGCCCACUGCAAACUGGGCGCCACGGGCAUAUCCAUGGGUGGCCUGAUACUGGGCAACUAUUUGGCAAGGAAGAGCGAUGAGGCGCGUGAUCACCUGUCGGCGGCCAAGAUUAUCUCUGUGCCUUGGGAUGUGCACAAGGGCAGCGCCAGCAUCGAGAAGCCCGUCAUUAACAAUCUGUUAGGACGUCAUCUGGCCGGCAGCCUGUGCCGCACGCUGCGCAAUCAUUUGGAGGUCUACAGGGAUAUCUAUCAGGAUUCCGAAAUUGACAUACAGCGCAUACUGCGUUGCAAGACCAUCAAGGAGUUCGACGAGCUGUUUACGGCCAAGCAGUUUGGCUAUGCCCAUGUGAAUGAUUAUUAUACGGAUGCUACGCUGCAUAAUAAAUUGGAUCACAUUAGUGUACCGUUGCUUUGUCUGAGCGCAGCGGAUGAUCCAUUUCAGCCACUGGACGCCAUACCCAUUAAGGCGGCCAAUCAGUGUACACAUGUGGCAAUUGUUAUAACCGCACGUGGCGGCCACAUUGGUUUCCUCGAGGGCUGGUGGCCAUCGACCAAGGAUCAGUAUAUGUGUCGCAUAUUUACCGAGUAUUUUAGCAAGGCGCUCUACGACGAGGAUGGUGAAUUUGAGCGUGCCUCGGAUAAAAUGCAUGAACGUUUUUUGGCCAAGCAAACCGUGGAGCUAACCGCCCGUCUCAAUGUGCCCCGAGGUGUGCUGCUGCUCGAGAAGCCUGCGGCGGAGCAGCAGGAGCCACACAAACUAAAGCUAAUGUAGAUGAGUUCGAGCAAAAACCGGGCGUCAACCUAUACCUACUAGACAGACCCCAUAUGCCCAAAUAUAUUUAUAUACAUAUAUAUAGAAAGAAAAAAAAGUACAGCGUGUGUAGACCAAUUGCCAGUAACGGACGCCGGCUGAAGACUUGUGAUAUAAAAUUGAACAAAAUCCAAAGUGUUAUUAACUAAACAAUUAAUUAAAAUAUUUGGUCAAACAAUACGACGACAGCUGUUAGAAACUAUACAAAUUAAUUGUAGAACACGUUUUAGUCACAUAUCAAAUUGGAACAGUGAAAAGCUUUACAAAAUAAUUCAUAAUUUAGUGAGUACAAAAUGCAAAUUCGCAAUUGAAAAACAAAAGAAACAAAUACUAUAUACAAAACUAAAGAACUAUUUGACACAGAACAAUAAUCUUAUUCAAACUAUAUAUAUAUAUAUAUUUUUUAAUUCCGUAUAUAUUUAAACUAAUAAAAAAAGGAAUACAACGCUUAACAAGAAUAUGCGCAUGUACUUGGGCUCUUCACCCACAAAUUGUAUAAAGCGAGCAAUUGAAAACAGUUUACAGCUUAAAAAAAAA